UCAAGUGUCAUUUUAUACCGGCAUAUUAUUGUAAAUUAAAUAUUGAUCGAAACCUGUCGACGACACUUCUUUUACUAAGCGAAGCAUAUUAAGUCUAUUAAUAUGAUACCAAAUGAAAUUUUUGCUGAAGACAUGAUGAGCACUGUAAUACGAUACGGAUUAUACAUUGGCGCUGCUUUUCAGAUUAUAUGUUUGUUAGCCUGUGUGACGCUCACAGAUGAACAAAGCGAAUCCCAUCCCUAUGAAAAGGCCUACACAGACAGUGACGAGUGUAGUUCAGAGCAGUCCUCUCCUGGUCAUAGAGCUGCAACAUCUCGGGCUAGACGACAUGACAAGAAGAAGCGUCGUUAGGAUGUAGAUUUUCAUCACUGACAAAUUUUAACAGUUUCCGUGAUUAAGUAUUUUUGUUAAUGAUGACUGGUUUUCUCUCUUAUAGCUGUAACAACUCUCAAAUUUGAAGGGUUAGACAUUAAUUUCCAAUUUUAUUUAUUAUAUUGAAAAUAUGUGAAUUUUCUCAAUAUACUCUGAUUAUUGUCACUUAAAUUUCUUGAAAAAUAUGUUUGUAUGAUUGAUGAACCACUUUGAACUCUAAUACUUCAGAAAGUUCUGUAUACUCUUAUACUCACAUUAUAUUUAAUUGUAAGUCCAGUGUAUUACUGGGUUUAUUCUAUGAAUUUACUAUGCAUUUAAGAAGUCAUAUACUCAGACAUAUUAGUCGGUGUAUAGCGUGCUUUGUUUAUUAUAUUUUAAUAUAUUUUAAGUUCAGUAAAUAGUGAUAUUAAUCAUGAUAGAAAUACUGUUGAUUUGCAACUAUUUUUUUACCGGGAUAUCAUUGUAUCUCAAGAUAACUGUAGUAUGUUCUUGUUGUAUACAAACUAUCGAUUCUUAAACAAUUUCUCAUCUCUCAGUAUAAUAGCUGUAAAAUAAUCGUGAUUAGUGUUGUAUUGAUCUCAUAAAAAUAUAACUCAAUAAAAGAUCUGAUAUUUAAAAAGCGCUUUAUUUGUUAUGAGGACUAGAUGUUACGCUCGGUAUUACUAAAUCCUAAAUAUUAUUAAGCUCCAUUAAAACAAUGUGAAGGCACCGGUUCCUUCAUGUAAGUAGCACCAUAUAUAACGUUUGUAACAUCACAUAUUAAUAAUGAUCAUGGCACAGUAUUAAAUACAUUUAAGUACAUUAAAAUCUUAUAAAAGGCAAGACAUCGUUUAAAGUGUAUAGGAAAUGUCAUCACUAGAUUCUUUGGGUUCUUAAAUUUAAGUGUUCAUAUAAAAUUUGAAAUUUAAUUUCAUUUGGUAAUAAAUAUCACUGGACACCUGUUUCAUAUUAAAACAUUUGUACUAAGUCGACAUUACUUCGAAUACAUUUAACUAUACAUUUCAAGUCUCCAUACAUUAAAUAACUAAUAUUGCUCGGUAACUUUUAACAGAUAUAAUAAUUAUCUUAAUACAAUAGAAAUAUUUGUAAA